AUGAUCCAAUGUAACACAGAAAGCCUAGAAGGAAGCCCUUUCUCAAGGUUAAGACUUCCUUCCUGGCUUUCUGAUACUGGAUGGAGUGGUGUUUGGCUUCCAUUGCAACUCCUUCCAAGAAGAUCAAAUGAUUACACAAAAGUCAUGGCAAUGCAUUCUAACACUAUAAAUACAAUUGCCGUGGCCUACAAUUGCGAGUGCCUGCUGCUUCAGCAGAGAUUUGCAGCAGACACUCGCAAUGUUAACCAAAAUUCGCCUGAAAGUUAG